AUGUUCAAAGCUGUAAUUUUUCUUGGUCUUGCCGCACAGGCCGCAGCGUACGGUUCAUACGUGGCCAAGAUUCCCAAUGGCGACAAAGUCGAGGGCGUCGGUGCCAUCGGACACACCAACCCGUCGGGAGGCGGCCCUCGGAACCCGUUUGGACUGGCGUUCGAUGAGGCCGACAAUGCGUGGACAACUGAGUUGUGUAAAGCAGAUUCGGACACCGAUGGUGCCACCAACGGCGAAGAACUCGGCGAUCCUUGCUGCACGUGGAAGGUCGGAACAACUUUGAGCACUGCAAAGGCCACCCACCCUGGCAAGGCCGACACUUUCACCCCCGAUCAACUCAAGUCGCUCAAGUGUGCUACUGGUGGUUCUGGCAACGCAACCAACGCUACCACCACCUCCAGUCCGUCAGGUACUGCGGCCACCCCCUCGGCGACGCCCACUGCGAGCAGUGCUGCGUCAUUGUCCGGCGCCAUGUUGACUGGCGCUGCUGUUGCAAUUGCUAUGGCGAUUCAACAAUAG